AUGGCCCACGUGGAAGAAGGUGAGGAACCCUGCGCCCUGUCCUUUCACUCCCGGGGCGCAGGCUCCAGGUCCAGGUCGGGAGGCAGCAAGAUGUUCUCUCUCAAGAAGUGGAACGCGGUGGCCAUGUGGAGCUGGGACGUGGAGUUCCAUAAGCGCACCAUCUGCAGAGUCCAGGUGAUGGAUGCCUGUCUUAGAUAUCAAGCUGAAAACAAACAAGAAGACUGUGUUGUGGUCUGGGGAGAAUAUAAUCAUUCCUUCCACAUCUGCUGCACGUCCCUGUGGGUGAAACAGAACAAUUGCUGCCCUCUCUGCCAGCAAGACUGGGUGGUCCAAAGAAUCGGUAAAUGAGAGUGGUUAGAAGGCUUCUUAGUGCAGGUGUUCAGAGCCCUGGUGGAUCUUGUUAUCAAGUGCCCUACAAAGGCUAGAACACUCCAGGGAAUUAAUUCUUCAAAUAGGAGUCGAUGGAUCUGUGGUCCUUUGGGACCCACCAAAGGCUUGGUUUAGCAUUUUGUAGUUUUAUUUUCAGAAAUUCUCUGCAAUUAAUAAGAUAAUUUAUUAAAGAUGGUCCUUUCUACCUCUGUGGUGUGUGCUACAAAAAAAGGAGAGAACUCUAAAUUGAAUCACCUUUUUAAUUUACCCAUUUCUG